GGUCUUCGAAGAUCAUCCGUGAAGUAAUAAUAAAGACUGUCGUCCAUGUCAGGGGGGCCAGCUAAUGUCUUCAUAAUAUGCCCUUUCUCUUCCUCGCUGAAGACACCGGCGGCAGUGUCCUCAAGGUGAGAGUAGUCGCCUAUGCACUCAUAGGCCAAGUAAAACAAGUAGACGUUCGUGAGACCAAGACAGACCAUCUGAUCAGCUGUGUCUGCCAGCUCGAAGAUCCUUUGGCGUUCGACAGUUUCUGCGGUCACAACAAAUUUCAUGAAUCCUACUAUGGAUUCGGGAGAGAAAGACGUCAAUUCGUGCUUACCCACAGCUAUCAUAAUAUCUCGGAGCCUCCAUCGGCUUGUAACCCACGGGCCGAACGAGGAGAGACCAAACCCAUGAGAACUCAUUGUUCCGUAUUAUCUCUCCUAGCUUUCCACCAUGUACCCCUUCAUGGCGUACUUACAGAUCCCAAUACUGCCCCAUAGCUUAAUCGAGCAGAAUACGGACAGCUUAAGAACAGAGAUCAGGUGUUUGCACUUUGAAAGAAUCACAGCAUAUAUAGAGAUUCCAAAACGAAGAAAAUAGCAAGAUGAUA